AACCCCUUUUGCUCUCAACCCCCAUCGUCGUACCAAAAACCUUGUAGAAUCAGGACGCUUCACACAGUAAUUAGCGAUGUCGAGCACUAUCUCUCUGUUUGUUUCUUCACCCGAUACCCACUCCGAGCGUCGAUUGGACUUGCAUACCACCAUCGGCCAACUCAAGUCAAAACUUGAACUGAUCACUGGGGUCCCAGUAGACAACCAACGGCUUACCCUCCUGGAGUCAAACGACGAUCCCCGACUCAUCGCCUCUCUAGAUGAUGAUUCGAGACCUCUGGGGUAUUACAGCCCUCGCCAAUAUCAAGUGAUCAAAGUUGAAGACACGGAUCCUUCUACGACAUUCACGGGCCAACUGACCGAUGUCUCUGCUGUGGAUAAAUUCGAGUUGACACCUGAGCAAUACGCUCAAAGACAAGACUCCGUCCUCGCCUACAAACAACGCCACAAAGUCGGCCGCUUCGCUGAGCCCGCUUCCUCCUCCGCCGCAGCCGACCCAUCACCCCCAUCGCUCCCCACAAUCCCAAUCGACUCCCGCUGCCAAGUCGAGUCCUCUGAAGAAGGGUUCCACAAGCGUGGUACGGUUCGGUACGUGGGCACGACGAAGUUCGGGGGUACGGGUGGGGUAUGGGUGGGUGUGGAGUAUGAUGAGCCGAUUGGGAAGAAUGAUGGGUCUGUCCAAGGGGAAAGAUACUUCACCUGUCUCCCGAAACAUGGCGUGUUCGUACGUCCUGAUAGAGUCCAGGUCGGAGAUUUCCCCGUGGAGGAGAUCGAUUUGGAGGAUGAGGAGAUGUAAAGUCGUGAGGUCGUUUCUGAUGAGUUGUCUCUACCGGCGCACACUGUAUAGUAACGCGAUUCAUUGCUAUCUACGGAGUGUCC